AUUUGGAAAUGUCCUACAAUGGGUCCUUUCUGAUGACUCUUGAGACCAAAAUGAAUUUGACCAAACUAGAAGAGCCUCUUGUUGAAGCCCUGAAGGUUGGAGAAAUUGGCAAAGAAGGUUGCAGGCCCAGGGCGUUCUGUCUGGCCGACAGCGACGAGGAGUCCUCCAGUGCUGGCUCCUCUGACGAAGACGACGCACCAGAGCCCAGCGCAGGGGACAAGCCGCUUCUCCCAGGGGCAGAAGGGUACGUGGGAGGUCAUCGAACAAGUAAAAUUAUGAGGUUUGUUGAUAAAAUUACCAAGUCAAAAUAUUUCCAAAAAGCAACGGAGACAGAGUUCAUUAAAAAGAAGAUGGAAGAGGUCUCCAACACGCCCCUGCUGCUGACGGUGGAAGUGCAGGAGUGCAGAGGAACCUUGGCCGUCAACAUCCCACCUCCCGCAACUGACCGGAUAUGGUAUGGUUUCCGGAAGCCACCAUAUAUAGAGCUGAAACUCGGCCAACAACUUGGAGAGAGAGAAGUGACUUUAGUCCAUGUGACAGACUGGAUAGAGAAGAAACUGGAGCAAGAGUUUCAGAAAGUUUUUGUCAUGCCAAACAUGGAUGAUGUUUAUAUCCCUAUCAUGCACUCAGCCAUGGAUCCUCGCUCCACUUCUAGCCUCCUCAAAGACCCACCUGUGGAGGCUGCCGAUCAGCUGUGACAGGUGCAGACCUGGUGUUCCCAGUAUUAUGAGAUCUAGGCUCGAGGUGUGGGGUUCUUGGCUGCCAUCCAGACUGUAGCACUGGCCUUUCCUUAUGCCAGAGCUUCUGCCCUCCACCCACCGGUGCCCACCCCACUGUGAGGGUCCAUGUUGUCUGCUGCCAAGGCUUUGACUCAGCAAAGGAAGCUGGAAGAAUCAUCGUGAUGGAUCCAGAGACUACAGGUGACGCACACCAUGGCUGUUCUGAGCCUUCCAGGUUUUGUGGCAGCAAAGGGCACUUUUAAGAGCGAAGCCGCACAACUGGAAGGCCUCCCCUUGCCUUCCAGCUGCCUCCAAAGCUUUUCCUCAGGCAGCCAGUGCAGUGGAGCGUCUCACUUGGUUUGUGUGAUACAGCCCUCACACUCUGAGAUCGGCAGUGCGGUCACAUGCGUGGAGGUGGGGGAGCGGGAUUGUGUGCAGUUUCUCUGGUGAUAGAGAAGUAUGGCACCUUACUGUGCGUUUGGGAAGCAAGCAGCCAUGGCACAUACUCAGCACAGCUGUGGUGGGAACAGCAGGUUUAUGUGAACAUUAGGCAAAGCCAUGGAUCAAGCCAUCCCAUGCCUUUUACCAACAAGGUACAAUCACAUGGUUGCUAACUAAUUCCAAGUAUUUUCCUGAGACAUGAGCAUGUGAGACUAUCAAACUUUACGACUGGAUUGGGGUGGGGCCAGAAAGCCAGAGCUCUGGGAAGCUUUAUGUAGGCAUCUUAAAUGCUUUGUUAACCUAAUUGGUUGGGGAUGUUUUCUGGUGGCCAAGACAGAGAGCUGCUCUCAUCUUGAGUCAAGACCAAAAUUUGCUCAACAUCAAAAACUAGAGAUCUCAACAUUAAUGUGACAUUCAUUUCUUUAACGUUGCCAACUUUUAUUUUGUGCAUUUGUGUCAGAAUGUUUAGUUUACAAGUUUCAAGUCUCUCGCAAAUUGUAUAAUUUGCUUUGAGAAGUACAUCUAAAACAAUUUUUUGUUUAAAGCUGCAUUCAACAUUAAACUUGGGUAACUUUUGACAACUUACAUCUGUGGACAGAGCUCAUUAGUGGUUUUUUAAACAGCACCUUGCCUGAACAUGACUUUAAAGAAAUUAAUAUAUUGAAAAGAUAUAUAUUUGAACCCUUAUUUGAUUACUUUAAUGGCACCAUUAAAACAUUUGACUUAAAUUAUUGGAUCAUUCCAGUUGGUGUACUGUUCUAAUUUCUCACUGUGUAGGCUACUCUGUCAGUCCGCAUGUCUUGUUCACUGAUCUUCUAUAAUUUUUUUGUGCAAUAAAGGCAAAGGACUAGAUGCACUACUGUGAGAGAUUACACACGACUGUACCCUGUUGCACUUAAUCAAAUAGUUAUGUGGGGAUUUAUAAUCGCUUGCAUUGUUUCACAAAAUAAAUAUUUCAUGUCAAAUACUA